CCAUACACCGUGUAGUUUCACUUUUACGUCAUCUACGUGUCGCGGUAGUAUGUUUUCAAGGGGGCGGCUAUGCGCUUAGCAUGGAGGUAGUAACUGAAAAACGAAGCUAAAAGUCCAAAUGUCUGUCUAACAAGUUGUGACAAGACUGACAUUGACGUCAAAGGACUGACUGACUUCAGUCCAUCAGAAGACUGAACAAUGGGCCAGAGAAGGAAAGUUGGAGCUAUGAACACUCCCUCAUCUCAGACUGAAUCUGGAGAUGCUUCUAAGGUCCACAGCCGGAAGCACAACAUCUGCAUGGUGUCAGACUUUUUCUAUCCAAAUAUGGGAGGAGUAGAAAGUCAUAUUUACCAGCUGUCUCAGUGUCUGAUUGAAAAGGGACACAAGGUGGUAAUCGCCACGCACGCCUAUGGCAGUAGGAAAGGCGUCCGGUACCUGACCAACGGCCUGAAGGUCUACUACCUGCCCCUGCAGGUGAUGUACAACCAGUCCACAGCCACCACCUGCUUCCACAGCCUCCCACUACUGCGCUGUGUGUUUGUCAGGGAGCGCAUCACCGUGGUGCACGCACACAGCUCCUUCUCUGCUAUGGCCCACGAUGCACUGUUCCACGCCAAGACGCUGGGCCUGAACACGGUGUUCACUGACCACUCUCUCUUCGGGUUUGCUGACGUCAGCUCCGUGUUGACCAACAAGCUCCUGACCGUGUCGCUCUGUGACACCAAUCACAUCGUGUGCGUCUCGUACACCAGUAAGGAGAACACGGUUCUACGGGCAGCACUCAACCCAGAGAUCGUGUCCGUUAUCCCCAACGCCGUCGACCCCACGGAUUUCACCCCGGACCCUUCACAGCGUCCACCCGACCGGAUCACAAUUGUUGUCAUCAGCCGGCUUGUCUACCGUAAAGGAAUCGACCUGCUUGGCGGAAUAAUCCCAGAACUUUGCCUCAAACAUCCCGAUCUGCAUUUCUUAAUUGGCGGCGAGGGACCGAAGAGACUCGUGCUGGAGGAAGUGAGAGAAAAAUACCAACUUCAUGACAGGGUACGUCUGCUUGGUGCCCUGGAACAUAAAGACGUGCGAGGCGUCCUGGUUCAAGGUCACAUCUUCCUGAACACGUCGCUGACCGAGGCCUUCUGCAUGGCCAUUGUGGAGGGAGCCAGCUGUGGACUGCAGGUGGUGAGCACUCGUGUGGGUGGAAUUCCAGAGGUGUUGCCCGAGGAUCUGAUCACACUGUGUGAACCGACCGUUCGUUCCUUGUGUGCUGGAUUAGAGAAGGUAAUUUCCAAGCAGAGGUCUGGCUCGGUGCCCUCACCCGCCUCCAUCCACUCUCGCGUGAAGAACCUCUACACGUGGAAAAAUGUGGCAGAGAGGACUGAAAAGGUGUAUGACAGAGUAGCUGGAGAAGAGGUGCUUCCACUGGACAGGAGGUUACGGAGACUCAGGUCUCACUGCGGCCCCGUUGCAGGCUCCAUUUUCGCCCUUUGUGCUGUGCUGGACUUCCUGUUUCUGCUGCUCCUGCGGUGGUUGGCACCAGACCGGCACAUGGACAUGGCUGUGGAUGCCACAGGCCCACAUGGUCUGUGGAAGGAGAGUAGGAAGUCUAAGUCUAGCGAUGCUGGUUGCUAACGCGCCAUGAAGCGAGUAGCGGAAACGAUAACAUCUGGUCUCCGGCUCUUGACGCCGUGUUGCAGGAGUCCAGCCGACGCUCUUGUGAAUGUGCUCAGGAGAAUCCUUAUCGGUGUUUACAUUUUAUUAACAACAGGGACUUUGUGUUAAAGGUGUUUGUACACUUUUUAAAGAUUUAUACAGCAUAUGGUUCAGUGCAAAAAAGACCUCAUUUGUUUCUUUAUGCUUUCUUUUAAAAUUAAAGGAAAGUAGAAAGAAACUCCUUUUAAAAUGAAUUUAAAGCUGGUCUUGAUUUGUAGUUCUGAAUUUUUUGGGGUGGAAUAUCUUCAUAGUUUGUAUAUUUAAAAUUCUGCAGGUUGACAGUUUAUUUCUAAUCCUUAUUUUCUCUCUUCCACAUUGUCUGCUUUUUACGUAUUUGUUGAAACUGUCACUAUGUCAUGACACUAUGGUACGAAACAGGUAAUCUGUGAAAAAAUAGUGCUCCUCUGUCUUCUCCCAGUGCUCCCAGUGAUAAUCAGAGCCAGGUGGCAGGCCUUAGCGCCAUCAAUCACAAACUAGUGUGGCGCUACUCAUCCCCUCUCCCCGUCCUUCUGCUACGCUGCAGCUAGCAAAGCCUGUUGUGAAUGCUCAGUAUAGUUAUCAUAUUCAUUGAUGAUGGUGAAUAAAUGGUUUUCUUGUAGAGGUAAGUUGUUUCUCCCCCAUUAGCACACUUAGGAGUGAGUACAUGAGGUUGAUUGACAGUGCUAAGACCCUCCUCCUGUUUCGGAUUGGUUGUUAUUGAUCAGGUAGAUCUGGGAAGAGGUGCAGGAGAUUGACCUUUUCACAAAUUGUCUUUCUCAUAACGUACUGUCACAACAUUGUGACAGUUUUAACAGAUAUGUAAAAAAAAAAUCAUGUUGUUUAUAAAAGUUACAUACUGCAGCUUUAACUCAUUUUUAGCGACGUACUGCCCAAGUACCAGAACUGCAUACUGGUCUUAGAAUGAGCACAAAAACGCAGGGAGAGUCCAUAAGAAACUAUUGAUGAAUGUUCAAAUAGUCUUGAAAACUACUGACCAAGACAACUAAAAACUUGAGACAGAAAUCAGACUCUGGAAAAGACGCAUAAAGAACUCAGAUUUUAAACUUUUGCACAGUGCCAUAAUUGCAC